AUGCUCAUACCCUUCCUCACUUCUCUUCUCUCCAUUCUUCCAACAGCCCGCGCAGACUCGCUCUUCGUCACACCGUCCGCUCCAAGCGGAGCCCACCCCCACUGCUUCGCCACAUCGUAUCGCGGACAUUAUGCCGGCCUGCACGCUUAUCUCCUCUCGGAGGACUGUACCUCGGCGGCGUUAAACACCAGGUUCGAGUCAGCCACCCUAGUGCGACUGGGCACAGAGGGCCGCCGCAUCGUCUGGGUGGGUGCAUCCAACGCCCUUCCCUCUACGCAUCGUGACAUGCUUGCUGCAUGGGAGACUAUUGACAACAUCGCCAGCAGCCUUCUCUCCAGCCAACAUGAGGACGGCCAGACGUUGUUCUCUACAGAGUCGUUCCAGGUCUCGCUCGACCGCCUGCCAACCCUUGUUCACGCGUCGGAAAGUGGACUCUACCUCUCUGUGCCGAGCAGCAUCCUGCCCGUUCUGGACACCUUCCUGCCUGCGCAUCUCAGGCCCGUGGCCUUCCCUCCGCACCCUUUGGCACUCCCAAGCACGAGCGGCAACAGAUGGGGCAUUCCGGCGGAAAAGGCUGAGCACCUCACCAAUAUCGCCAAGAACCUCCGCUUUGACCCGAAGAUCGCCGCGAUUGCGUCCACUAUCUCGGCGAAGGAGAUUCUCGAGGAUGUCCGAUAUCUCACUGGUGAGAGGGAGGACAGUGACAUUGAGUCGCGGCACUCGUUCCACCCUGACAUUAUCAACGCACUCAUUUGGGUUCGUCGCGAGAUGCGCGCGCUGGGCAUCGACUGCUCCCCAUACCGGCAUGAGGAGGGCUUUGCACCUGGUCUCCUCUGCAGCAUCUACCCAGAGUCGGACUCUGAGGAGCAGGUGAUCAUCUCUGCCCACAUCGAUUCACGGGGAACGUUCGGCAGCUUGCGUGCACCCGGUGCAAAUGACGAUGGGAGUGGCAGCGCUCAUCUGCUUGCCAUAGCUCGCGCUAUCUCUCAGCACAACGUUACGUUUGAACACCCCGUCACCUUUGCCUUCUUUACUGGCGAGGAGCAGGGCCUGGUCAUGUCGAAUCACUUUGCGCACACGCUUAAGAAGGAGAACGUCAGUGUCCAGCUGAAUCUCCAGGCGGAUAUGUUGGGAUACCGGCUGCCAGGGGAGCCAUUGCAGCUUGCCCUUCCCGCUACCAUUGAUCUUCCCGAAGCGUCAUACCUUGUCGCAAACAUUUCGCAGCUGUAUGCGCCGGAACUUGUCGUGGGCCGGACGGCUGCGUGCUGCUCAGACCACCAGAGUUUCCUCCAGCACGGGUUCCCAGCGACGCAGGUCUUCGAACGCAACGGGUGGAUUGCGGAUCCCAUGUACCACAACUCGGGCGAUUUGAGCGACCGUGAAGGUUAUGAUGCUGAGCAGAUAAAGUCCAUCGCCAAGGUCACCAUGGCAACAGUGUUUGAAGUCGCAGGUUGGCGGCACGGCAAGUAA